UUGCAGGCCCUACUGAAACCGCAGGGUUCAUUAGGGAGAACUGAUGAUUUAGAGUUUACAAAAUGACGCAUUUCAGUCGGACAAUGAAACCUAACAACAUCGGCCUUGUAUGUGAUUACAAAAUAAUAGUCCGGGGAACAAAGUACGAAUCCCCGAUGGCCCAUGAGUAAUCGAGCGGCUAAAAACAGUCGGGUGACGCCGCGUUUUGCAGUCAAAAGCCAGGCGGGUUUGAAUCGCAUGUGUAGUGGACGCGGUGUGCUACAGCUGCUGUGCCAGCGGCCUGUGAAGGAAUAAUAGUCUGGGUUUUUGGAGUGCGUUUAUGAGUAUAUUUCUUCGAAUUACGGAGGACAUUACAUAGCCAACAAGUCCACGACGUCAAGACUGAGGAUCUAGUGGAAUAUUUCACAAAUUGGGACGAGGUUUCUAUACGUGCUGCUGUCAGAGUGGUUGACGGAUGCUGCACAGUCUGAUCUACUCAGUGGGUACUGAUUUUUUUGACGGUCAAAAUUAAAGGAGCCAUUUUGUCAUCACCAUGGAGAUGACCAGCCUCGAACGCGAGCUGAUCUGCCCGAUCUGCCACGACUACUUCACCACGCCGCUGUCGUUGCCAUGCCAGCACAACGUCUGCCACCGCUGCGCCAAGGAGCAGGUGGCGGCGUCCACGGCGCAUGGGCAUCACAGCUCCGACGAGAGCCUGAACACCGCCACCAGCCCCACCUCCUCCGUGGUCUCGCUGCCCGUCACGCCCUCCCGGCCCCUCACUGCCAGUAGCCUGCGCUCCUCCUUCCGCCGGCGGGCUACUGUGACUGGGACGACUCCCACGGCCAACACGCCCAUCAAGGCGCUCCCAAGAGACACCGCGGGGACGGCUGCGAGCAGCAGGCGUGAGUCGCUGCCCGCCGCGAGCCCUGCGGCUCUCACGCCCCGUAGGAGGUCGUCUACGUCGGUCCCUGGUGCCCAUCCCUCGACUUUCUACUGCCCGACGUGCAAGGAAAAAGUGGAAUUAGGAGAGAAGGGACUUAACGGCCUCUACCGGAACUUUGCUUUGGAAGUCAUCGUUGACAGGUUCAAGCUCGCGGCCAAGAAGGCAGCCAGCAUCCCCUGCGGCGUCUGCAAGGCGCGGCCCCCUUGGGACGCCACCAAGAGUUGUCUGGACUGCAAGGUCAGCUACUGCAAUGAGUGCUACAAGCAUCACCACCCAUGGGGUACGCCCCGGGCCCAGCACGAGCACAUCGGGCCCACCAAUAACUACAGACCUAAGACCAUCACCUGCACAGAGCACACGCACGAGAGGGUGACGAUGUACUGCGAUGGAUGUCAGAAACCCGUGUGCCACCGGUGCAAGUUCAGCGGUGCGCACGCUAAACACAAGCUGUCCAUCAUCGAAAGAAAGUACGCUGUCGUCAAGGAGAAAAUGGAAAGCCACCUCUUGGCGAUCAGAGGGAAGUGCGACGAACUAAAGAACGGCGUGGACACCCUCCGAGGGCUGUGCGGGAAAGUAGAGGAAAAUGGUGCCGUUGCCAAGGAGAAGCUGUCCCUGGCCCUGGCCCACCUCCAGACGACCCUGGAGCACCGCUCGAGCGCCCUCACGCAGGCCACUGAGGAGGAGAUCAACCGUCGGGUAGUAGCCGUCCGGACGCAGCUGGACACGUACGAGGACAUCUUGAAGGGUUGCAGCGUGGUGGACCUGGCCGUCGAGAUGCUCAAGGAGACGGACAAGGCUUGCUUCGUCCAGGCGGCCAGGCCCAUCCUUGGCCGGUUGAAAGAAACGGUGAAUGUGAUAAAGGAGGCGGAGCUUAGUCCAGUCCACGCCUACCACGACUUCAACAACUUGAACAUCGAUGAUGGGUCUGCGGUAGACGCUCUGACGGGUCUGGAUUUCGUGAAAGCCCCUGAUGCCCCCGGCAUCUCCACCAAGCGCUGUCAAUCAUACGACCACGUGAUCGUCGAGUGGGACCCGCCCACCGUCGGGUCACCUGCCGAGACCUACACUGUGGAGUACCGUAAGCUCGCGGUCCGGGCGGAGGGUACCAGACCGCCCACGCCCACCACCCAGCGGAGGAGCGCCGUCAGCCCCCGGAGCGAGACGGCCGGCGAGGAUCUGUGGACGUCAGUCCACGGAAUCAGGCAAUGCAGGUAUCGCCUGAGUGACUUGGAAGUGGACAGCCGAUAUAAGAUUAGAGUUCGAGGCGAGAACAGAGUAGGAAAAGGCGAAUGCAGCAAGAUCGUGAUCAUCAGAACCGUGCCUGCCCCCGUACUGUCUUUCAAAUGGAUGUCCUGCCAGCCGAACGGAACCCAGGGUCCGUCCAUCAGCAAAGAUGGCCAGCGUAUGACCCUCCGACCGAACCCGACCCUUCUCUCUCCCACCGGCGCCGGCCCCAUGCCGUCCAGCCCUAUCGCCCUAGCCCCCGCCUUCUGCCUGGGCGACCGGAAGCUCACCAACGGCAAGCACUACUGGGAGGUCACUGUCGACCAAUCCCCGUGCGCCGUGCAGGUCGGGGUCAUCGGGGAGCGGCGAUCGCGCAGGCUCGGUGACCCCGUCAGCCACCAUGCCGACGGGGACAGCGGGCACGACAGCUGCGAGGAGCUGGACGCGGACCACGGCGCGCGCGCGGCGGACGCUACGGCCCUGGUCACCUACCACGGAGGGAAGGUGUACUUCCCCAACGAAACCGCUAACAAGAGCGGCAAGAAGUCCGGAAACAGCGGCGGAAACGGAAUCAAGCCGGCCACCCACACCCUGACGUCAUGCGCAGUGGGCGUGUGCGCCGACGUCGAGAGAGGGCGGGUGUCAUUCUUUGACGUGGACUCCAAGGAGAGUUUCUUCUCGGCCAGUGCGGGGCUGGAGGGCGCACUGUACCCGGCGAUCGUCAUCGUCGGUCCUGGGGUGGUAAAAUCUCGUCAACUUGACGAAAUGUGUGUGGAGUAAAUUACCUUUAUAAACGCAGUGGGCCAUUUAUCCGUGGUUCAAAGGAAAUGACAUGUUGAACUGUAGUAAUUAUUUUAUAAAAGGCAGUUGUUGCGAAAUAAAGGGUAAAACGAAUUAUGUUAAAUUGUGUUGUUGGUAGGCCUAGUCAACUUAACCUGCACCAAGCAAGUAACCACGUACCUCACUUUCCCUUACUUUAGUUUAAUAUGAACACGUGAUCUAUUCAAUGCACCGACGGCCACAAGGAGUGAUUGCUGAUAUCACAUGACACAAAGAUGUCACAUGAUAUCUUGUUUAUGUUUGGCCCUGAAAAUCCGCUCUAUUACAAUGUGUUCAUCUUUAAAUCUUCCCUUGCCACUUUCAUAAUCAUUGUAGGUUUAGGACGAGGCUGAGUAAAAGAAAAUGUACUUAAGAGGUGAUAAUUUGGAUGAGGGGUUAUUAUUAUUAUUUAUGAUUUCUGGUAAUAAGACCAGGGAUUCCUCAGAAGUCACAUCUCGACAAAAGGGUAAGAACUAAAUAUUCUAUAUUACAUUUCGGAAAUGCUCGGUGAUUUAUGUAUCAAAGUCUUACUUUUCUUAAUGUUGUAAAAUAUUCUGAAGGCCCAUAGGAUAAAAUGUCAAGUGUAUGCCAGAAAUUAAUCCGCACGUCGCUUGUUCAUAAAUUGCCAACGGUAAAAUGUUAAAGUUGAUACCAUCACCGGAUUUUAACCAUAAGGUGUAUUUUAUUGUAAAAUAUAAAUAUAUAGACAGCGGUAAAGGUAUUCAAACGAGGCAUUGUUUUCAAAUAAUCAAGGUAAUAAUUGAAAUACCAUGAAAAAAUUGUUGACGAAAGAUACAGUUAAUUGGAUGGGUUUAAGGCACAUGUAUGUCCUUUUUUGCAUAAAAAUAGUGUUAAUUUGCGCUCGUAGCUCGACAGGUACAAAAAAGUUGAAGAUGGGUAUCUAUCGUGUAAAACGUCUUCAAUGAAAUCAUUGACGGUUUGAACGAUUUCAAAAGAGAAUGUCGUUUGAAGAAAGUUUGUCGUUUUACGGUAAUUGGCUGCAUGACUGUAUCGGCAUUAUGUUCUUAAUGGGAGACUUUUGUGGCUCUUAAUUGGUGGCAGCAAACACACCGAUCCUUUUCUGUUGUUUGCGUCUUUUUGAACAUGUAUGAUUCGAACAGUGGGAGACUUUUGAGACGCUUGGGGGCGGCACACACAACGGUCCUUUUCAAUGGUUUGCGUCAUGUUUAAGCUAAGGACCAUUGGUCGACUAUUUUGUAACAUACCUUACGCCUGCGCACUAAUAGCAACGUGCGAACGUCUCUAGUCAAAACGCUGGUAAAAAUGUCAUCGCAAAACUUCUGGAUCCUGGCGGCCCUGCUGUACGUUAUGAAUGCGCGCGGGUAUUGGUUACCAGCGAUGCAACCAGGCCCAGUACGUUGGUUUCAAAUAGUCGAAUAGCGUAGUCAACCAUCGUCGACUAGACAGAGUUCGGGCUAACUUUAGUCGAACUAUGGUUAACCAAUGGUUAACAAUAGUUCUUGCGCCAACUUGCCCUAAUGUGCAAAUGUUCGAAAUGACUCACUGAAAAGGACCUGUGUAUUUGCUGCCAUCAAUCAUAAGUCUCCUAUAUAAGCUUACUUCUUUGGGUUUUUUUUAAUCACAGUGUGCACGAGUAGGAAAAUGUCGCCAUUUUAUGAAAAUGUUUGUUUUGUGUGUAUCUGGCAGCUGUACAUUGUAAACUAUAGUAUAUUGUGUGCUUCCAGGUGGAAUAGGCUCAGUUUUAUUUUGAUUGAAUGUAAACGUGUUUGUAUUCAUUGAUGUUUUAUUUAGAGUAUAAAUUUUGUUGUGUAAGGUUUGUUCGACUAAAUGCAAUGCAUGCAUGGGCGAUAGUUUUUAUAAUACAAAAAGUGAGGAAAUACAAUUUUGGCAAUAAUCCUCUAAAUUAGUUUGUAGUGGCUGCCUUUAUGCGUCCGCAUCGAUCACCGCUAUGCAAUCGUUACGAUUUUUAUGCGUAUUUUAUUUUGAACUGGUUUAUUCGUUUGUUUUAAAUGUGCAUAGACUAUUACCACUCGCUGAAGAAGAACAGUUUUAGAAAUGUUGAACUUGUGCAAUCACCGGUGUAUGAUAUUUAAAAUAAAAAAUGGUUUUCUUGUAA